AUGGGUCUUCCUCGAGCUUUGGUUGCGGCACUCGCCUACGGGUCAAUCGCUCACGCGACCUACGAUGUCUUUGACUAUGUAGAUCCUCUAAUUGGAACCAGCAAUGGAGGACACGUCUUUGCCGGCGCAACUCUUCCAUUCGGCCUUGCCAAGGCGGUAGCUGACUCUGUGAAUGACAACGCUGGUGGUUAUGCUUCAGAUGGCGGUCCAAUCACUGGCUUCUCUCACAUGCAUGACAGCGGAACGGGUGGUGGAGCUUCUCUUGGAAACUUUCCAUUGUUCCCCCAGAGCGGCUGCUCUGGCGGAAACCUUGACAACUGCUACUUCACCAAAUCAGACCGUCAGUCCCUGCCGAUUAACAGCUCCAUUGAGGCGCACCCUGGAUACUUUUCGGUUACUCUCAAUACCUCUAUUAAGGCGGAGAUGACUGUAUCGAAUAAGACGGCAUUGUACCGCUUCACUUUCCCUGACCAGCCUGUGCCUAUGAAGGGUGGCGACGCAACUGGGGACAACGCGAUCCCGUAUGAGCCUGUGAUCCUGGCCGACUUGACGGAUCUCUCCGAUUCCCGGAGCAAGGGAAGCGUUUCUGUCGACGCUCACAGCGGAAGAAUUACCGGUUCAGGCACAUUCAAUCCGUCUUUCGGAGUUGGCACGUACACUCUGUACUUCUGUACCGAUUUCCAAGGAGCCAGUAUCAAGAACACCGGCGUCUUUCAGAACAACCGAGCCGGCACCAACUUCAAGCAACUCAACACCGAAACUGCCACUGUUACCGGCCCUCCCGUGCCUGGCGGCGCAUUCGUCCAGUUCAACAAGCCCAGCAAUAACCAGAUCAUAGCCAGAGUUGGCCUGUCAUUCAUUAGUGUGAACCAAGCAUGCAGCAAUGCCCAGUCUGAGAUCCCCAGGUUUGACUUCCAGGGAACUCAGGCGACUGCUGAGGAUGCAUGGCGACAGAAGCUGGGAGUUGUAAAGGUCGACACCACGGGAGUGUCUACAGACAUUCUGACCACCUUCUAUUCGGGACUGUAUCGCUCCAUGAUCUCGCCUCAGGACUAUACGGGAGAGAACCCUCUGUGGAAGAGCAGUGAGCCUUACUAUGACUCUUUCUACUGCAUCUGGGAUUCAUUCCGCAGCAUUCACCCACUGCUUACCAUUGUCGACCCGUACAGUCAAACGCAGAUGGGCUGGACGCAAGGUGGUAGCAAUGCUGAUAUUGUGCUUGUGGACGCAUACUUGAAAGGCCUUCACAAGGGUGUUGAUUGGCAGACCGGAUAUGAAGCUUUGAUCUCGGAUGCCGAAGAUGAACCUGUAAACUGGGGUAUCGAGGGACGUGGUGGAUUGACCAGCUGGAAGACGCUUGGUUAUAUUCCCACUGACGACUUUGACCCCAACGGUGUUGGUACAUUCUCGCGAUCCAUCUCCCGAACAGUUGAAUAUGCCUACAACGACUUUUGCAUUGCCGAGAUGGCCGAGUCUCUGCACAAGAAGGCCGAUGCCGAGAAGUAUCUCAAGCGCUCUAAGAACUGGAAGAACAUGUGGAACCCGAACCAAAACUCUGGCUUUUACGGCUUCCUACAGCCCAGAUAUCUGAACGGCACGUUUGGCUAUCAGGACGCUAUGAUGUGCACUCCUAUGUUCCGAUUUGAUGAUUGUUAUUUGGUUCCUACUGGCCAUGAGACCUACGAGGGCAGCAGCUGGCUCUACACUUUCUUCGCCCCCCACGACAUGGCCGACCUCAUCACCACUCUUGGUGGCCCAGACACUUUCGUCAAGCGUCUCCAGUUUCUUCACAACACUCCCAACCUGCUCUACUUUGGUGAUGAACAGGCCUUCCUUCUCGUCUUCCUCUUCCACUAUGCUGGUCGCCCGGGCCUGUCUUCGUACUUUGCCCACCACUACAUCCCCUCGCAGUUCAAUUCUGGUAUUAACGGUAUCCCCGGUAACGACGAUUCCGGUGCCAUGGGUGCCUUUAGCACUCUGACCAUGAUGGGCUUGUGGCCAAUGGGAGGACAGAACGUCUAUCUCAUCCUGCCACCGUUCUUCCCCGAGAUCAGCAUCAAGAACGGACUGACGGGCAAGACGGCGACGGUGAAGAACAUCAACUUUGAUGGAGGCUAUGAGAACAUUUAUAUCCAGAGCGCUAAGCUCAACGGCAAGUCGUAUACAAAGAACUGGAUCACACAUGACUUCUUUGCUAAUGGAGGCGUGUUGGAGCUGACGCUGGGCAAGAACGAGAGCAGCUGGGGAACAGGCUCUGCCAGUCUGCCACCCAGCUUGGAUCUAGACAUCUAG